AUGUCUCUAAUCCUCUGCCACUUGUCCGGCAACAUUUGCAGGGUAAAGGAAUUUCAUCGUCAGCUUCUGACAUUAUCAUGCAGUCCUGGCGGACCAGCACAAGAAUCCAAUACAGCUCUUACAUUAAGAAAUGGUUGGAAUACUGUCGUAAAUGGCAAAUUAAUCCAGUUUCACCACCACUUUUGGCAAGUGGGCUCAACGUUCUUGAGGAGCUUUAUCACAAGGGACUCAGUUACAGUGCGUUAAACACUGCAAGGAGUGCAUUGGCCAGUGUCAUUGUAUUACAGGGUAACCAGUCCUUUGGUAAUCACCCGCUUGUUUCUUGCUUUUUAAAGGGAAGAUUUACGACAAGACCAGCCGUACCUAAAUACAGAGAAGCGUGGGAUGUGAACACAGUUCUUGAACAUUUAAAAACUUUACACCCUGCAGAGACUUUAUCCUUAAAAUUGUUGUCAUUAAAAAUAGUUAUUUUGAUGGCCGUAUUGUCAGGCCAAUGCUGCCAGACCAUUCAUGCUUUAACUACAAAGGACAUGAAAACCUCAAACAACAAAGUAAUGUUUAUUGUAAAUGAUUUAUUAAAAACUACUAAACCUGGUAAAGUAUGUACUAAGUCAGAAUUUCUGUCCUUCGAUGAAGAUCCUCGAAUCUGUGUAGUGAGGUAUCUCUCUGAAUACCUGGGUAUUCAGAGAGAUACCAAGAACCUGAGUCAUGAUCAUCAUAAGUUACUUGUUAGUUAUCAGAAACCACACAGGCCAGUCUCCAAGGACACUGUUAGUAGAUAG